AUGGAACUCCACGUCUGGCCGGCAGAUUUCGGUCUGCCCUCAAUUGAUGUCAGCUGCCUGCAAUUUUUGGCUUGUGCCAAAAUGUGCGCCAGUCCUGUUUCAGUAGUAUAUUCUUCGAGCCCAUGGAACUCACCAACUGGUAAGUACAGCAUAGUGCAAUAUUCAAGUCAAGAUAUACGUGUCGUAAGUGCUUUCCUAUUAAGGUUUGUAGAGGUAUUGCGAAAAAGUGGGCAGGAGGUGGUGAUUGAUGCUGAAUUGACAGCUUCCGAAAAAUCUCAGAUCGACGCCUUCAGCUGCUAUUUACAACAGUAUCUCAAUCCUGCUGUGUUGCAUACAUUUUGGUUGGAUGACUUGAACUACAGCACUGUCACACAUCACUGGUACUCUUCUCGCCUAUCGUUUCCAUACAACAUGUACUAUUUGGAAAAACACAGAAAGCGCAUACAACGGUUCCUCUCCGAUAAAACGGUCACGGUAAUAAUGAAGGAUGGAUUAGAGGUAACAUUUGCGCGUUUGGUUUUCCCAGCGCAGUUCUCUUCUCACUCUAUCUGGAUUUAUGAGAUGAUACAUAUAUUGGAUUAGUU